AUGGCAUCUUCUUCUUUUUACGACAAAGAACUGGAAUAUGCAACGAGGAGUUUGACAGGUCUUUCUAUACAGAAACAUGAGGGACCAGUCGAGAUAAGUCAAGGAAUCUCCCAAAGGUUUCUCACAAAUCGAGAUAUUUGGUCUCUGAUUGUGAACUAUCUUGACAUUUUUAAUUUGUACAGACUUAUGCACGUCAAUCGACACUUUUAUCAUUGGCUUCAAAAAUGUCGUCUGGAGGAAUGUCGAUUCACUGAUGCAAGUCCUACCGAAUUGCCCUAUCAAAGAACCAUUACCGUUGCAAAUGAUGAUUUGUGGACUUAUGAAAAACAAAUAUACGGAAGACCCUCUAUCUUACGGCCACAAAUCCAGGAUCCCUUUGUAUGCACUAUGCUUGAAAAGUUUCAAGGACUAAACAUUAUUGUGUUGGAUGGGACCGGUAUAAAAAUUUCCACAGUCGCUUAUAUUUUAUCAAAUAUACCUUCCCUUCGGACGCUUAGUAUACGUUGGUGUCAAGGGGUUUCAGUAUUAGACCUUCUUGAACUUUUCCAAACUGUAACAAAAAACAGAGUUCUCUCGCUUGAAAACUUUCAUGUUAUGGGUAUUGAUGGUCUAGAAUUACAAAAACCUCUAAUGCCAGACGGUACAGAAGACGAUCGGUUGACCAGCGCCUGGCACGAUCGCUUAGUUGUAUUUCAAAAUGCAUUAGAUCAAAUCAGCACAACGCAUGGACGCCCUAUAAAUACCGAUGCUCAUCGAUGCCCUUUAAAUGCAUGUAAAAUAGCAGAUCACGAAAGUGAGAUUGCAGAUUUGUACAUGCUCAAAGUACUUCCUCCUUGUUUAUAUUGCUCAGAAAAAUGGAGCAAACCACUUUGUCGUUAUUGCAUUGACCUAAGACGGUGUAUGGUUUGUGGUGCCUUCGUCUGCCCUUCGUGCUUGUCUUUGGAUUUUGAUUUACAAAUGCAAGCAUUUGCCCGUCAACAUCGUGUCAUUUCUACUUUAACCGAUCUGUAUCCUGAGCGUAAUGAUACUUGCUAUCACAAAACCAAAUGGCGUCAGUUGAGUCCAAGAUCUCUUGUUUUCCAAUUUCAGGAGCAGAAUCAUAUUCAUCACCGUAGAAUUCGUCGAAAUCUUAUUCAAAGUGGAUGGUCUUGGCCAUCGGGGAUUGAAGAAAUACUUGCUGAAGGACAUUCCAGUCGGUAA